UUAAACACCACAAACCAAGGAGCCGACGACGGCCGAUCGAUCCUCCAGCCAUCCAUCCCAUCGAUGGCCAUGGGUAACUUCCGACGACGACACACGAACAAAAAGGACAAGAGGAGACGGGCCUCGGCGAUGGCGGCCAAGGUAGCUGCGGAGAAGGUGGUGCUGCAGAGCCAGGACGGCGUCGAGUGGGUGGUGUCCAAGGCGGCGGCGGCGAGCCGGUACGGCGUCACCGUCAAGGCCGCCAUCAUGUCCAACCUGUACGACGACGACUACGUCCAGACCAGAAGGAGCUGCAACAUGGGCUACUCGCUCAUCCGCCUCUUCGUCGAAUCCAGCGACCUCGCCAAGGUCAUCCACUGCUCCGACCAACUGGCUUCCGAUCCCGGCGUAGCCGCCGGGUUCGUCCGUGGCCUCGACCACGCCGCGCUCUUCGACCUUGUCCUAGCGGCAGAAACACUCUGGCACCGAGGCCUGCUCGACCUCACCUGCCGGACCAUCAAAGACAUGAUCGGCGGAAAGUCGCCCAACCAGGUCCGCGCCAUGUUCGGCAUCAGGCCUCCACAGCCAGGACCACAUGGCAAGACAACACCAACGAAGCUCAUGACACCGGAUCAGAAGAAACAAGUUGAAUUGGAGGAGAGGGCUCUCAAGGCUCUCCACGCCGUUCGCAGCCAUGAGUGCACCGUAUACGAGCCCAAACGCAAUUACUUCGUGCAUAACAGGUUAUUCUACCUCCACAACUUCGCCUUCUUCGACCACGACAAAGAAUCCGAGCUUCGUCGUGGCCCCCCGCUUCACGAGGUACCUCCACCCUUGCGUGAGUCGAUCGUAUUUUCGUCCGUCAACUUCAUCUCCUUGAAGGUGCGCGAGUCGGACGUCGGCUUCCCCAUCCAUGUGUUUGGUACCCUUAUUGCCCGGGAUCAUGUCGACUAUAGAUGUGUCUAUCUCUUCAGGCGAGAAGAGGAUGAUGCCCAGAUCAUCACCUCGCCGGACGAUACGCUAACUUUGAUGGAUCCAUGUCGAGGGCUUGUUCCGGAUGAUAGUGUUUAUUUUGAGUUCAAUCUAAAGAUCAAGUGCCAUGGAGGUGCAGUCAAAGACUUUAGCAGAGGUGUAACGGAAUUCAACAGUUGCCGCCUCCCUGGUGUGGGGAAGCAGAGCCUGACCGUGCCUCUAACGACAUACCUGAGUAGAGUGGAAUUGUUGUGUGCAGACGUAACAUAUCCCCUCGAAGCCUACAUUUCAAUCAACAUUCUCAAAGGGGCAUGUGAUCUCACGACAGUAGCUGCUUGGAAUACCAAAAAUACCGAGGAUCAAAUCAUUCUAUAUGACAGUAGAGCAGCUGCAAGCAAUCAGACGUCAAAAACACCUAACUCUGUCGCGUUAGCUCGUCGCGUGGUGGCUGUUCCACUGGAUGAAAAGCUGGUGCUCCAUCUUGUUGUUCUUGAUGGUGAUGAAACCGAGGACCUUUUCCUCAUUCUAGGACCCUCUCAAAAUGAGCACAAACAUGUGUGCAAGAUAGGUUGCAGUGAAGUGCAGGUGAAAGUUGCUUGGACGGCUGUCCCGAAAAAAAGGAAGACAUGCAAGAAGUGGGAGACAAUUGGAAAUCAGCGCUUGUUGCUAUGACAAUAAGGAACCGUGUUCUCUCCACUCUCAAGUUGAGACCAAUCUCCUCGUAAAUUAAACCCCCUAGAUCUCAUGUCUUUAUAGUACCUAACUAGCCAGAUGUCCGAAACUGUACAAUAGGUCCAUGGUUAUAUGUAAUGUAAGGCACGUGAAUGUAUAAAAU